AAAAAAUCCGGAAUUUUCAUUAUUCAUGGUAUCGAGUCCAGUAAUUACAAAACUUCCGGAACUUUGUUGAUGGCAGCGGCAAGAGAUGGAGAACUCUAUGUCCAUUGUCAGUGGAUUUUCUCUACUUUGGUGUACCCUGUAUUUUGGAUUGUGCCACUGGAAACCACAUAAAAGCAAUGAAUGGCAUUGUCGUACAGUUACAGCUGUACAUGCCGUUGUUGUGUGUUUUCUGUGCAUAUGGUGUGCAUUUGUACAAGGACCUUGGCCAUUUACAGAAGCAGGUGGCCCUAGCACUCCACUUCAGUCGAUGACCAUAAUGAUCUGUCUUGGAUAUUUUUUGUUUGAUCUUUCAUGGUGUCUUUUUUUUCAAACAGAAGGUUUACCCAUGCUUUUUCACCAUGUAUGCAGUAUAAUGGGAAUGACUAUUGGAACUGUUACUGGGAGAUAUGGAACUGAAAUGAUAGCUACAAUAUUUGGGAGUGAAAUAACAAAUCCUCUUUUACAAAUUCGUUGGUUUUUACGAGAAACAGGAAAUUAUGAAACUGUUCUCGGGGAAGUUGUUGACCAUAGCUUUAUGUUUUUGUUUGGUUUCUUUCGUAUUGGAAUUGGAUCAUACUUGCUGUUGAGGUAUUUCCAACAAGAUACAGACUUUCUGGGUCGUUUUGGGGCAGUGGUGAUUUAUGCUAUUAGUUGGAUGUUUUGGAUUAAUAUUAUGGUUUAUGCAGGAAAGAAAUACAAAAAAAGGUUUCAAACAUUUCAGCAGAAUAAUUUCAAAAGAAAUAAUGACUCAGUUUACAAUAAUGGUAUAUUACUUAAUGGUGGUGUUUUCUAUUCCAAUGCUCAAAACCGCUGUGAUACCUCAGGACUUUCAAACGGAAAUUCAUCAAAAGUACAUGCAAAGCAGUGUAAUGGACGUAGCAAAACAUCCUAGUGACAGAAAUGAAACUACAGUAUUUUGUACUGCAGAUUGAGAUAGAAGGGUAAUAGCAAUAUAACAGUAGCAGUAUGUUUGAAUGAUGGCAUUUUUUAAAUAAUUUUUUUUUUUAUUUUCUCGGUAGAUUUAGGUCUGAAAGAUUCUUGUGAAGGAUAAUUGUAGCAUAAAUUUUGAAU